AUGCGCGACGGUCCACGAACAUCUUUGGAUCUUACUCAUGUAUUAUAUGAUGACUCGUCCUACUUCUCACUUGCUCUGGCACUUGUGACCCUGAGUCCAAUACUUCUGAUGGCAUCGUAUGCUGCAUUAGCUGUACAAACACGCGAAUUCAUCAUAAUCGUUAUGUGGGCAGGCCAGUUUGCAGGCGAGCUCCUGAACUGGAUCAUUAAACGUAUUAUUAAACAGGAAAGACCAAUAGAAAGCAUUGGGAAUGGAUACGGAUUUCCUUCAUCUCACAGCCAAUAUAUGGCUUACUUCGCGUCCUUUUUGAUUGCACAUCUCUAUUCUAGACAUCGAUUUUCCUCUACCGGAUCAAAAAUAGUUGACUUUAUAUGGCGGAUGGUCGUGUACGCUGCUUUGCUGGGAUGGGCAGGACUCGUUGCAUAUUCACGCUACUACCUUGGGUAUCACAGUGCCCACCAGAUAAUCUGGGGACUGGCCAUAGGUUUCGUUCUAGGCUCAACUGUAUAUAUCUUGUCCGAGGCCAUUCCUACACGUUAUCCAAACUCCUGGUUAGGAAGGUUAAAAGCGUCAAUCCUCGACAACCCCAUUGUUGUAUGGCUACAAAUUCGCGAUGGCUGGGCUAUAUGGGCAGAUGGUGGGCGAGAAGGUGAAUGGGUGAGAUGGAGAAGGGAGUGGGAAGCUCAAAAGAAGACGAGCAAACCAAAGUCGCGUUAA